ACCCCUGAAUUGAUAGCUCGAUCGCAUUCCCCACAAUCAACAUGUCAUUUCUCACAAUCGUCCCAGGGAUUUCUGUAUAUCUUCAUUCUUGUUAAUGGUUUUGGUGAUUUUUCCGAGUUGACAAUUUCCAACCAUCUUGAAUGCUGAUGCACCCCCGGUUUGAAACUAAUUACAGGGGAAAGUUGAUUUCUUCUACCGCGACUUCAGCCACCAUUCCUCUCUCACGAUAUCCUUCUCUCGAACAUCUUCAGCAAACAAUGAGCAUAAGAGACUCCCGCUUGAGAUUCUUGCGAUAUUUGCGGCGACGACACAAUGGCUGACUCUUCAAAGUCCGACAAGGCCAAUCGACCUGCAAUCAAAACAGGCAAGCUUGUACGGUCUCAGAAGAUCAUUCAGCUGUCACCAUCUGAUACCAGACCUCCCGACAUUCCAGAAGAGACCGAACCACCACAGCAGAGUCUUCCAACUAGGAGUCAUACACCAGGACAUCUGUCGAAAAAGAGCGAAAGUAGAAGGAGAGGGGCAUCGACAUCCUCCAAAUCCUCUUCGAAACCAUCCUCAAGUACCGACAAUGGCAGACAAACCCCCAAACUAGAAAACUCCCUUUCUCCCUCAACAGCCAAUGCUCCGCCACUACCGACCGCGGCAUCUCCAGAUCCCAGACGACCCCUCAAUCUACGAUCGACAUCCGCGAUAGCACCGAAACCCGCAGCGACAUCUUCCCCCGCGCCUCGCACUGCAACACCUGCCCAACGCGCACCACGAGGUCCUCACAUCCCGUUUCCACCUAUACCCGAUCCAAAGACAGCUCCAGAUGUCGAACCCGCGCCAGCGAGUGGCAUGUACUGGUCCCGGGCACCUGUCUCGGGAGCUUCGCAUACUUCGCUGAGAGCACAUACCACUACGCUUAUCGGGUCUAAUAUAUACGUUUUUGGGGGCUGUGAUGCGCGGUCGUGUUUCAAUGAGCUAUAUGUUUUGGAUGCAGAUGCAUUUUACUUCUCAUGUCCCUAUGUUUGCGGGGAGAUUCCUGUCCCAUUAAGGGCUAUGACUUGCACAGCUGUGGGCAAGAAGUUGAUUGUGUUUGGAGGCGGCGACGGGCCAGCGUAUUAUAACGACGUAUAUGUCCUGGAUACCGUCAACUUCCGAUGGAGCAAGCCGAAGAUCGCUGGAGACAGACAACCUAGUAAGAGGAGGGCACAUACAGCUUGCUUGUGGAGGAAUGGGAUAUAUGUAUUCGGCGGAGGAGACGGAGUAAGAGCACUGAACGAUGUCUGGAGACUUGACGUAGCAGACACAAACAAGAUGUCAUGGAAACUGAUCUCACCACCCUCGACCGGCCCAACAGAAGACAAAACGAAACCCAAAGCGAGAGGAUAUCACACCGCGAACAUGGUGGGCAGCAAACUGAUCAUAUUCGGUGGUUCAGAUGGCGGGGAAUGCUUCCGAGACGUCUGGGUAUUCGACGUCGAGACUUUGACUUUCUCUCCAGUACAUAUCCCAGUCUCUUACCCUCGACUGAGCCAUACAGCUACGAUUGUCGGAUCCUACCUCUUCGUCAUUGGAGGUCAUGACGGAGUAGAGUAUUCGAAUGAAGUCCUUCUCCUGAACCUCGUGACAAUGGUUUGGGACAAGCGAAAGAUAUACGGCCAACUACCCAAACCUCGAGGCUAUCACGGAAGCGUCCUUCACGACAGCAGGCUCAUAGUCGUGGGUGGUUUCGAUGGCGGAGAGGUAUUUGGUGAUGUCCAGAUACUGGAGUUAGCUGUUCAUGCGUACUAUAGCCAGAUUAGUCAUUUCAGUAUUGAUGUUUGAGAAGUAGGAGGUGGAUUGCUGAUUUAGUACCUGGAUUGGAGACUUUAUGUUGCAAUGAUUUAUGACUGCAUAUGAUGACAAAAUGUGUAUAUAUAUCCAGAUAGCGACUUUAGUACAGUCUUUUUUGUAUUAUAGCCUCCUAUGCUGAGACUUUAUGUACAAUGUGUUUGAGCGAAAAUGUCUUGUCUUGAACAUUGAUUGAAAAGUACGCCUGCCGAAUGCAAUGAUGCCGCCUUAUAUAUGUACAAUUCUUCCCUUCUUCUCUUCCCCCUCUAAAGUCAUUACCCCAAGCUCCCUUUUCAUCCAUCU